AUGGCUACGCGAUGCUUUACAAAAGAUUCUGGCACUCCUCCCAAACGCUCCAGUGCUCAAGUGCACAUAAGCAUCUCGGACGAGAAUGACCAUUCGCCGAUAUUUAUUUAUCCUCCUCCUCCGACAGGUUCGGUCGGCCUCUUGCGAGGAGCCCAGCCAGUUGGAGGCGCCGGGCUUGGUGCCAGCGGGGGUCUCGGGGAAUACGCCAUUGUCGACAGGGUGAAUGUGACCUGCAGUCAGCUUGGCAGUCAGAUCAUCGUGCGUGUGCUGGCCAACGACUCUGACAUCGGCCGGAAUGGCGAAGUUGUGUACAGUUUAGCACGCAGUAACCAGGAGACGGAGUCGGCCGAUUCGACCAGACUUGCAGCUGGUACCAAUUGGGCUGUCUCUGCCGACCCAGCGAAGAACAUCAGUGGUACGUUGGUAACUAGGACAGAUGUUUUGGCAGCCGACUACACUUUUGGAUAG